GAAUAAAUAAAGAAGGAAAAAAAAUUAAGGUGUGAUAAAGUGGGUCUUAUAAAGCGCCCAGUUAUUUCGGUUUGGUCAUUUCAUCUUAGGCCCCUUUUCUUUUCAUUUAUUUAUUUUUCUCUUACUGUCCCCAAAAUCUAGGGUUUUAAGGUUUCUUAUCUUCCUCUUCCUCCGCCAGAUUCUUCUCUUGCAAGAUGAGCAACGACAAGGACAGCUUGAACAUGAGCGAUCUCACCGCCGCUCUUAACGAGGAGGAUCGCGCGGGGCUUGUUAGUGCUCUCAAGAACAAGUUGCAGAAUUUGGCUGGACAACACUCAGAUGUCCUUGAGAACUUGAGCCCGACAGUCAGGAAGCGUGUCGAGAACCAACAUGAUGAAAUGGAAGCAAAAUUCUUCGAGGAGAGGGCAGCUCUAGAAGCUAAAUACCAAAAGCUGUAUCAGCCUUUGUACACCAAGCGAUAUGAGAUUGUGAACGGUGUGGUUGAAGUUGAAGGUGCACCGGAAGAAGUGAAAACAGAACAAGGAGAAGAUAAAGCUGCUGAAGAGAAAGGAGUACCGGAUUUCUGGCUUAUUGCAUUGAAGAACAAUGAAAUUACCGCUGAGGAGAUAACUGAGCGAGAUGAAGGUGCUCUUAAGUUCCUUAAGGAUAUCAAGUGGAAUAGGGUUGAAGAACCAAAAGGGUUCAAGCUAGAGUUCUUCUUUGAUCAGAACCCGUACUUCAAGAACACUGUCUUGACCAAGACAUAUCACAUGAUUGAUGAGGAUGAGCCUAUCCUCGAGAAGGCCAUUGGGACGGAGAUUGAGUGGUAUCCUGGAAAAUGCUUGACUCAGAAGAUCCUUAAAAAGAAGCCAAAGAAGGGAUCCAAAAACACAAAGCCAAUCACUAAGACUGAGGACUGUGAGAGUUUCUUCAACUUUUUCAGCCCACCUCAAGUUCCUGACGAUGAAGAGGAUCUUGAUGAUGAAAUGGCUGAUGAACUCCAAGGCCAAAUGGAGCACGACUAUGAUAUCGGUCAUCCGCUGGGCACAAGAAGUCUGGAAGAAGUCAACUUGCGGAAGGUCAACAAGGGGAGAGGCCACCGGAGUGUAAGCAGCAGUGAGGAAUCUUCUUCUCCGGUGAAGAAGCUUGGCUUAAUUAUGAAGAAGUAAGAAGAUGAAGGGUCUUUGUGUUUCUUAAUUUGCAGAGUCAUGGUCCGGUUUAUUAAAUGAUUAUAUAUCAAGUUUUGGGUGGGAGGUUUGCUAAAAAAAAAAUUGGUUCUUUGGUUUGGUUUGUGUCUCAUCUUUCAUUUUUUAUUUGUAAUGUGUUCCUCAUGAACUGGUUUGAACAAAUAGUAUUUCGUCCUUUUGGUCAAAUUUUGAUGAGCAGUUGCUCAACGUUAAAAUCUUAUAACUUGAUCGUAUAAACGGUGACUCAUAUCGCAUUUGGGCCGUAAGAGUGACCUUACGGUAACUCAUAUCGCAUUUGGGCCGUAAGAG